UGCGCCUGUUCUCCCACAGGGCUCAGGCUCCUGGCCCCAUGAUGCAUGCCCCUACAGGACCAGAGCAGCACAGCCCACGGCCCCGGCCCGCCAUGCCACUGCCACAUCUGAGCCCACGUGUGCUCCUCCUGAUGCUGCUGCUGGGGGCUGCACCCGGGGUGGCCGGGGGGCCACAGCCCGCAUUUCACACCUUUGUGGCCAGCGACUGGGGCCUCACCCACCUGGUGGUACAUGAGCAGACAGGCGAGGUGUACGUGGGAGCAGUGAACCGCAUCUACAAGCUGUCGGGGAGCCUGACACUGCUGCGGGCCCACGUGACAGGCCCCGUGGAGGACAACGAGAAGUGCUACCCGCCCCCCAGCGUGCAGUCCUGCCCACACGGCCUGGGCAGCACCGACAACGUCAACAAGCUGCUACUGCUUGACUAUGCCGCCAACCGCCUGCUAGCCUGUGGCAGCGCCUCACAGGGCAUCUGCCAGUUCCUGCGGCUCGACGACCUGUUCAAGCUGGGUGAGCCACACCAUCGCAAGGAGCACUACCUGUCGAGUGUGCGCGAGGCGGGUAGCAUGGCUGGCGUGCUGAUUGCUGGGCCUCCAGGCCAGGGCCAGGCCAAACUCUUCGUGGGCACACCCAUCGAUGGCAAGUCGGAGUACUUCCCCACGCUGUCCAGCCGCCGGCUCAUGGCUAACGAGGAGGACGCUGACAUGUUUGGCUUUGUGUACCAAGACGAGUUCGUGUCCUCGCAGCUCAAGAUCCCCUCGGACACGCUGUCCAAGUUCCCAGCCUUCGACAUCUACUACGUGUACAGCUUCCGCAGCGAGCAGUUCGUCUACUACCUCACCCUGCAGCUGGACACGCAGCUGACCUCACCUGACGCCGCCGGCGAGCACUUCUUCACCUCCAAGAUUGUGCGGCUGUGUGUGGAUGACCCCAAGUUCUACUCAUACGUGGAGUUCCCCAUCGGCUGUGAGCAGGCAGGGGUGGAGUACCGCCUGGUGCAGGAUGCCUACCUGAGCCGGCCCGGCCGUGCCCUGGCCCGCCAGCUGGGCCUGGCUGAGGACGAGGACGUGCUGUUCACCGUGUUUGCACAGGGCCAGAAGAACCGCGUGAAGCCGCCCAAGGAGUCGGUUCUGUGCCUGUUCACGCUCAGGGCCAUCAAGGAGAAGAUCAAGGAGCGCAUCCAGUCCUGCUACCGAGGCGAGGGCAAGCUCUCACUGCCCUGGCUGCUCAACAAGGAGCUGGGCUGCAUCAACUCGCCCCUGCAAAUCGAUGAUGACUUCUGCGGGCAGGACUUCAACCAGCCGCUGGGGGGCACGGUCACCAUUGAGGGCCUGCCUCUGUUUGUGGACAAGGACGACGGCCUGACUGCUGUGGCUGCCUAUGACUACCGGGGCCGCACUGUGGUAUUCGCCGGCACGCGCAGCGGCCGCAUCCGCAAGAUCUUGGUGGACCUGGCAACCCCUGGCGGCCGGCCAGCCCUGGCCUAUGAGAGUGUGGUGGCCCAAGAGAGCAGCCCCAUCCUGCGUGACCUGGUCCUCAGCCCUGACCACCAGUACCUUUACGCCAUGACGGAAAAGCAGGUGACUCGUGUGCCCGUGGAGAGCUGUGUGCAGUAUACGUCCUGUGAGCUGUGUCUGGGGUCUCGGGACCCCCACUGUGGCUGGUGUGUCCUGCAUAGCAUCUGCUCGCGGCAGGACGCCUGCGAGCGGGCAGAGGAGCCCCAGCGCUUUGCCUCGGACCUGCUGCAGUGUGUGCAGCUGACGGUGCAGCCUCGCAAUGUCUCUGUCACCAUGUCUCAGGUUCCGCUUGUGCUGCAGGCCUGGAACGUGCCUGACCUCUCGGCUGGUGUUAACUGCUCCUUUGAGGAUUUCACCGAGUCUGAGAGCAUCCUGGAGGGUGGCCAGAUCCACUGCCGCUCGCCCUCUGCUAGGGAGGUGGCCCCCAUCACACGGGGCCAGGGAGACCAGCGGGUGGUUAAGCUCUACCUGAAGUCCAAGGAGACAGGCAAGAAGUUCGCGUCUGUGGACUUUGUCUUCUACAACUGUAGCGUCCACCAGUCCUGCCUGUCCUGUGUCAACGGCUCUUUCCCCUGCCACUGGUGUAAAUACCGCCAUGUUUGCACACACAAUGCUGCCGACUGUGCCUUCCUGGAGGGCCGUGUCAAUGUGUCUGAGGACUGCCCGCAGAUCCUGCCCUCCACCCAGAUCUAUGUUCCGGUGGGUGUGGUGAAGCCCAUCACCCUGGCCGCCCGGAACCUGCCGCAGCCGCAGUCUGGCCAGCGUGGCUACGAGUGUCUCUUCCACACCCCAGGGAGCCCGGCCCGAGUCACCGCCUUGCGUUUCAACAGCUCCAGCCUGCAGUGCCAGAACUCCUCGUACUCCUACGAGGGCAGUGACAUCAGCGACCUGCCCGUGAACCUGUCGGUUGUGUGGAAUGGCAACUUCGUCAUCGACAACCCUCAGAACAUCCAGGCCCACCUCUACAAGUGCCCGGCCCUGCGGGAGAGCUGCGGCCUCUGCCUCAAGGCCGACCCGCGCUUCGAGUGUGGCUGGUGUGUGGCCGAGCGCCGCUGCUCCCUGCGCCCCCACUGCCCUGCUGACUCGCCUGCUGCCUGGAUGCACGCACGCCAUGGCGGCAGCCGCUGUGCUGACCCCAAGAUCCUCAAGUUGUCCCCCGAGACGGGCCCACGUCAGGGAGGCACACGGCUCACCAUCAUGGGUGAGAACCUGGGACUGCGCUUCGAGGACGUGCGGCUGGGCGUGCGCGUGGGCAAGGUGCUAUGCAGCCCCCUGGAGAGCGAGUACAUCAGUGCCGAGCAGAUCGUCUGUGAGAUCGGGGACGCCAGCACGGUGCGGGCUCACGACGCCCUGGUGGAGGUGUGCGUGCGGGACUGCUCCCCCCACUACCGGGCCCUGUCGCCCAAGCGUUUCACCUUUGUGACUCCAACCUUCUACCGCGUGAGCCCUGCCCGAGGGCCUCUUUCGGGGGGGACCUGGAUUGGCAUUGAGGGCAGCCACUUGAAUGCAGGCAGUGACGUGGCUGUGUCUGUCGGCGGCCGGCCCUGCUCCUUCUCCUGGAGGAAUUCCCGAGAGAUCCGGUGCCUGACACCCCCUGGGCAGAGCCCUGGCAGCACCCCCAUUGUCAUAAACAUCAACCGCGCUCAGCUCACCAACCCUGAAGUGAAGUAUAAUUACACGGAGGACCCCACCAUCCUCAAGAUUGACCCUGAGUGGAGCAUCAGCAGUGGAGGGACCCUCCUAACAGUUACGGGCACCAACCUGGCUACCGUCCGUGAGCCCCGCAUCCGGGCCAAGUACGGAGGCGUUGAGAGGGAGAAUAGCUGCCUGGUGUACAAUGACACCACCAUGGUGUGCCGGGCCCCGUCAGUGGACAACCCCACCCGGAGCCCGCCGGAGCUGGGGGAGCGGCCGGAUGAGCUGGGCUUUGUCAUGGAUGAUGUGCGCGCCCUGCUGGUGCUCAACACCUCUUCCUUCCUCUAUUACCCCGACCCUGUGCUGGAGCCACUCAGCCCCACUGGCCUCCUGGAGCUGAAGCCCAGCUCCCCACUCAUCCUCAAGGGUCGGAACCUUCUGCCGCCCGCACCUGGAAACUCUCGGCUCAACUACACAGUGCUCAUUGGCUCCACACCCUGUGCCCUCACCGUGUCAGAGACGCAGCUGCUCUGCGAGUCCCCCAACCUCACUGGGCAGCACAAGGUCACGGUUCGAGCUGGUGGCUUUGAGUUCUCACCAGGGAUGCUGCAGGUCUACUCAGAUAGCCUGCUGACACUGCCUGCCAUCGUGGGCAUUGGCGGAGGCGGGGGCCUCCUGCUGCUGGUCAUUGUGGCCGUGCUCAUCGCCUACAAGCGCAAGUCCCGGGAUGCUGACCGCACCCUCAAGCGGCUGCAGCUCCAGAUGGAUAACCUGGAGUCCCGUGUGGCUCUGGAGUGCAAGGAAGCCUUUGCAGAGCUGCAGACGGACAUCCACGAGCUGACCAAUGACCUGGAUGGUGCCGGCAUCCCCUUCCUCGACUAUCGGACGUACGCCAUGCGUGUGCUCUUCCCUGGGAUUGAGGACCACCCAGUGCUCAAGGAAAUGGAGGUGCAGGCCAAUGUGGAGAAGUCGCUGACACUGUUCGGGCAGCUGCUGACCAAGAAGCACUUCCUGCUGACCUUCAUCCGCACUCUGGAGGCCCAGCGUGGCUUCUCCAUGCGCGACCGUGGCAACGUGGCCUCACUCGUGAUGACAGCCCUGCAGGGUGAGAUGGAGUAUGCCACGGGUGUACUCAAGCAGCUGCUGUCUGACCUCAUCGAGAAGAACCUAGAGAGCAAGAACCACCCCAAGCUGCUGCUGCGGCGGACCGAGUCAGUGGCAGAAAAGAUGCUGACCAACUGGUUCACCUUCCUUCUGUACAAAUUCCUCAAGGAGUGCGCCGGGGAGCCGCUCUUCAUGCUCUACUGCGCCAUCAAGCAGCAGAUGGAGAAGGGCCCCAUCGACGCCAUCACGGGCGAGGCGCGCUACUCCCUGAGCGAGGACAAGCUCAUCCGGCAGCAGAUCGACUACAAGACGCUGACCCUCAACUGUGUGAACCCCGAGAACGAGAAUGCGCCUGAGGUGCCAGUCAAGGGACUGAACUGCGAUACAGUGACGCAGGUGAAGGAGAAGCUGCUGGACGCUGUGUACAAGGGCGUGCCCUACUCCCAGAGGCCCAAGGCCGCGGACAUGGACCUGGAGUGGCGCCAGGGCCGCAUGGCACGCAUCAUCCUGCAGGAUGAAGAUGUCACCACUAAGAUUGACAACGACUGGAAGAGGCUGAACACGCUGGCUCACUACCAGGUGACGGAUGGGUCCUCAGUGGCCCUUGUGCCCAAGCAGACAUCCGCCUACAAUAUCUCUAACUCGUCCACCUUCACCAAGUCCCUCAGUAGAUACGAGAGCAUGCUGCGCACAGCCAGCAGCCCCGACAGCUUGCGCUCACGCACGCCCAUGAUCACGCCUGACCUGGAGAGUGGCACCAAGCUGUGGCACCUGGUCAAGAACCACGACCACCUGGACCAGCGGGAGGGUGACCGUGGCAGCAAGAUGGUCUCAGAGAUCUACCUGACGCGGCUGCUGGCCACCAAGGGCACGCUGCAGAAGUUUGUGGAUGACCUUUUUGAGACCAUCUUCAGCACCGCACACCGGGGCUCAGCCCUGCCACUGGCCAUCAAAUACAUGUUUGACUUCCUGGAUGAGCAGGCUGACCAGCACCAGAUACACGAUUCAGACGUGCGCCACACCUGGAAGAGCAACUGCCUGCCUCUGCGCUUCUGGGUGAAUGUGAUAAAGAACCCGCAGUUUGUUUUCGACAUCCACAAGAGCAGCAUCACGGACGCCUGCCUGUCGGUGGUGGCGCAGACCUUCAUGGACUCCUGCUCCACAUCCGAACACAAGCUGGGCAAGGACUCACCAUCCAACAAGCUGCUCUACGCCAAGGACAUUCCCAGCUACAAGAGCUGGGUGGAGAGGUAUUAUGCCGACAUUGCCAAGAUGCCUGCCAUCAGCGACCAGGACAUGAGUGCGUACCUGGCGGAACAGUCCCGGCUGCACCUGAGCCACUUCAACAGCAUGAGCGCUUUGCACGAGAUCUACUCCUAUAUCGCCAAGUACAAGGACGAGAUCCUGACGGCCCUGGAGAAGGACGAGCAGGCUCGGCGGCAGCGGCUCCGGAGCAAGCUGGAGCAGGUGGUGGACACGAUGGCCCUGAGCAGCUGAGCAGCGAUGGCGCCCAGCAGGAGCUGAGCAAGAGGGCCCGUGGGGCAGCCUGUGUCCAGCAGCCAGAGCUGGGAGGUCCGCAGGGACAGCCUCGCCCCACUGUGCCGAGUGCCUGUGCGCUGGGGUGGCUGCGCAGUCCGGCGUUCUCCUGGCCCUCCCCUCCCCUCCCCUCCCCGGCGGUGUCCCAGUUACUGGUGUGGGUGAGCUGGGGCCUGCCAUGCCUGCCGUGCCCAGAGCUGCUCAUCGCAGGGCUGGGGAGUCCAGGUGCGGCAGGGGCCUUCCUGGGGGCCACUGAGGACCUGGGGGUGAGGCUGGAGCUGCUGGGAGGGGCUGCAGGGCCUGCAGGGCCAGGACAAGGAGCUGGGAGAGGACAGCCCUCGCCGGCUUCCUGGGCAGUUUCUGAGGCCCAGGGCCCAGCCAAGGGGAGCCAAAGUCGGUCUGGGGCGGCGCCCCCACGCUCGCUGCUGCACCAUCACUACCAUCGUCCGAUUCACCGCGUGCUCUCCGCGGCCGGGCCGGAGUGCCACGCUGACCUAGCCCAGAGAGAGGCCCCAGCUCCCUCCUGUGGAGGGGCUGCCAGAAGGUUCUGCUUGCAGGUCCCAAGUGACUUCCAGAAGGACUUGGUGAUACCCUUUCUGUCCUCAGGGCUGUGCCUCUGGGAACCACUGGGGCCUGGGGCUCCAGGUCAGGAGUGCACGUUCCCGUUAUUUAUUCCCCUGCUGCGCCUGCUCCCGGCGCCUCCCUGGGCUGAGCUCUCAACUCUGGAGGUGGCAGGGCAGCCCGGCCACUCUCCUCCCGCCCUCUCUGUGGCCCUGCUUUCCGCAUCGCCUUCCAGCAGCUUCCGGUCCAGCAUCUCUGCAACUGCUGGCCUCCUGAGCAGUGGGACAUCUGGGGGACUGCUUUUGGUUUUUUAAGGGGGAACAAAUAAAUCCUGCUGCACUCUGCUUGGGCAGCUAGGGCCGUGGCCAGGCCCUGGGGCCAUACCUGCUGGCCUGGCUGGGAGCUAGUGACCAGAGGGCCAGAGGUCAGCAGUGGCCAUCCUCUCCUCAGUGAGCAAGAGAGAACAAAUUUUUAAUUAAAAAAAAAAACUGNAUAUAUAUAUAUAUAUAUAUAUAUACAUAUAUAUAUAUAUGUGUGUGGCUCAAGCCUCAGUCUCCAGCCCCAGUGGGGUCCUGUAUAGUUAAUUGGAGGAGAAAUUUUACAAUUUAGAAUAAGACAAUUAAGACAGUGGGAAAGCAAUACCAAAUGGUCGUGGAAAAAGUGGCCAGUUUCCCCAAGUGGGGCACCCCCAGGCCUCUGCCCCUCUACCUGCGGGUCACUCCAUUUUUGUUCUGACGUAAAAAGAGACCUUCUCGCGGGCCCCCCGAGAGCUUCUAGGGUGCGGGGCCCGUGGAUUCUUGCAUGACUGUGCUAGCGUGUAGUCUGACUUGAUCUUUUAAAACUGCAAGUGUUGAAUACUAGAGGUUGUUAGACCUUUUUUUAUGUUUUUUAAUUAAUCAGUCACUUGUGAAGCGGCCCCCCCUCUUUUCAAGUUCACUUUUUUGACGGUACUAAAGAUCCCCGCAGACUUUAAGGGACAGCUAACUGUGGCCAGUCUUGUGCCCAUGGGCUGCCUCCUAAGCAGCGUGAGCCAGACUGCACACCUUGGAGGUCAGGUCAGGGCUGUUCCCUUGCAUGGGGGAGCGGUGUGAAAUCCAAGAGCUCCUGGGACCGGGGGGCAUGGUGUCCCUUGGCGCCUGUGACCACAGAGCAGAGCUCAGGCCUCCUGCUGCUGCAGAAGGCCUUCCCCCUGCAUGGCCUCCAGGGGCUCGUCCCUGGGCAGCCAGAGGUGAGGAUGGUCAGGUCAGAGACCUGGCUGUUUCUUUGGCUUUAGUCUGGAUUCCUGUCCCUGGGAAUACACCUGCCUCCCCUGUGAUGCCACCUGGCUGUGCCUAGGCACAAGCCUGUUUUCCCCAAAGUCUUCCCUGGAUACUGGCUUCUAAUUGAAGCUCCUGUUCUUCCAGUUCCACACAGGUCAGGAUGGGGCUCCUCACCCCGCUGUGCUGGCCUCUUCAGAAUCCAGUUAAAGCCCCUUCCUUUGGCUUCCUGGCCCCUGCAGAGGGUAGGGCCCCAUUCUCACCCCUCUCAGCUGCCAUGUCUUGUCACUGGGUGGUCAUUGGGCAGGGCAGAGGGGACAGAGGAGGCAGGGUAGAGUCCAGACAGGGUGUGUGCCCACCACAGAUUGCACAGCUGGUCAGGGGCAAGCACUUUAGCAGCAUCUGUUUACACAUGAGCUAUGGAGCCAAUUCCCAGCCUGCCCCCGACCAGGACAGCGCUUCCUGCCCCUUCUUCCUGCUAGCUGUGGACUCAGGCUCUGCGUUCUCCUUGCCCCUAGCCCCACAGCAUUCCCAACUCCAGGUGCUGUAUGCAGGUACCCCUCUGCCACCUCAGUGUCCUCCUGCAGCAGCUCCUGCCCCAAGCUCUGGCCUGGCCUGGGUGGGGACGGGCCUGGCAGGAGCCCAGCAUUGGGGCCCUGCUCUGCCCAAGGAGGGUGGGUGUGAUUGUCCUGAAGGCCGCCUUGCAGCCCCAGGGCUUGGGGGUCCAGUGCGGGGUGCAAGGACACCUGGCCUGCCCCAGACACUGCUGCUAUCACUGGCCCUGCCGUGGGCCACCCCUUCCACCUGCUGCCCAUUGCUUCCCCCUCCCUGCAUGCAUCUCAGGAGGGCCUGGGACAGCUCACGCCUCCAUCUGGGAGCCUGGCCUCUCCAUAUACCUCGAGCUUGCCCUGCGCUUCCUGACUCGAGGCCACUGGGGCUCUGCCUGCUUCUCCCUGGCCCGAGGAGCUGGGGCGGGGCGGCUGUGGAAGAGGGGCCUGGGGGGCCGAGAUGGAGAUGCCCUCCCUUGGCUCCGCCUUGCUGAGAGCAUCUGCCCCUUGGUCCCCCAGUUCCGGAUCUGAUGGCUCACGUCGUUGGUGCUACACAAGCUAGAAUAGAUGUAUGUAGAGAGAAAGAUAUUUUUAAGACAAAGCCCACAAUUAGCUGUCCUUUAAUGCCACAGAGCCCCCACCCAAAAGAAGAGCACUCGCUCGGCCGGCCUGAGCUGCCCCUGGGCCAUGGUCUCCCACAGGAGCACCAUGCCAGCAGGGUGCUUGGUCCCCGGAUUGUGUAAAUAAAUGGCUAUUUCCUAUUUUACUGUUCUCCAGAUUUAGUACU